UGAGUGCAUUUUCUGGUAGCUGCAGAACAUUCAGCAGCAUGGUUGACGCGAAGCUUGCAGCCGUGCCAGUGGUGGAAAUCGAUGAAGGCAUUUUUAAGUAUGUGCUGAUCAAAGUUUAUGCAAAAGAGCAGGCAGAUGGCACAGAGCCAAACAAGCUAAUCGUUCGAGGUUUCGACCGAGCCCAGUGGCAUUCGGAUAUUUACGACGAAGUAAGCUCGUCCUUGAUGGGUCUAGGGCUUGAGACGGAAUGCCUCGGCGGCGGUCGUAUUGAGAAUAGGCCUGAUUUGAAGCAGAUAAAAGUGUAUGGAUAUUCGCAAGGCUACGGGAAAGCAGAUCACCAGGAGACUCGCCGUCUGCUGCUGACCAAGUAUACUGGUUUCUCCAUUAGCUGUUCCGAUGAAGGAUACUAAAACAAAUACAAUCAUGGUUUUAUUUAUAUACUCUGCAUGAUACUAAAUAUACU